UUUGGUUCUUUUGAUACAAUACAUGCUUGCUUUUGUGAAUUGGACUCUCUGUGAGGAAAGGAAGAGUCACAAAUUUGCUUUAUUUUUUUCUCUUUUUCUUUUUUUUGGUUUGCACGCCUUCCUUUCUUUUUCGUUAGUCUUUGUUCAUCACUGGGGCCCUUGAGUUUCAAUUGAAAGAACAGAUACCAUCAUGUUUGCCUCUUUUACAUCUUUUUUCUUUCUUUCUUUUCCCUCAUCUUAUGGACGUUUGCUAGAGAAGCAACACAUAUUCCUUCCAUUAAAAUAAUAACUGAUAAGCCUCCUUCUAUAGCAAAUAGAGCACAUUAUGAUGCCUAAAAAGCUAGUGUUUAUACGUACAUUUGUUCCUUUGGCAGAGUUUAUUUAUGGCUAAAGGAAUCUAUCUGCCUGUUAAGCAAUGUAAAGUGCGGCUUUGCUUUUUCUCUUGGCUAUAUUAUAUGAGGUAAACAGUUACUAUGAUACCCAUAUUGGAGUUCCAUCAAAAAAAGACGGAAGAUCUAUUUUUUAGAAUAUAAUAUUUGGGAUGCGCUUCAAAAGAUGGGAAUUUUUUGAGGUCGCCAACCACCAGAAAGAAGAUCAGAGGUCUCAUAACAUAGAAGAUGCAGCAGCAAAGAGCUGGUUCUAGGUGGAGCUUAAUGGCUGAUGGUUAUUCUAAUGAUUAAAAAUGAGAAAGUGAGGAAUCAAUGAGAUUGAUCUUCUUCAGCGGGCCUGCAGGUUUUCCUUGUGCUCCUCUCGUGCGCCAUGGCCUGUUGCUUUUUAGAUAAACAACUUUCAACUCAUGCCAUUGAUGGUCUCUGCAUUGUGGAUCUGUGAAGGAAAGAACAGAUCCUUGGCUUAGUUCACAAGGUCAGAAAAGGGUGAAUGAAAGGUGAGGAGAAGAUGGACCCAGAAUACAACUCCUGCUUUGUGACUGACUCCUAUGUCAUUUUGCUGAAAUGAGAAAUGCAUCUGAAUGUGAAAGAAUCUAAUGGGGAUUCUGUUCAUGAGAACCUAUACCUUCCACUGCAAAUCUGUGCAUCAUUGUUUCCUGAAAUACGCUGGUAAGGCAGGGUUCUUUUCUUGAGCCAGGUCUUAACUUCUCUUCACAAGAAAGACAGCUUUUCAGUGAGCAGCAUGGAUGGGUUCAGAUCUCAAAGUCCGAAACCAUGGAGCAACACUACGGAUGCAGGCGCACUGGAGAGCACUGAUCAGGAUGCUCCAUGGAAGAACUUUGGCAGCUCUCUAAAUGCUCUUUCAUUUGGUUUUGUUGCAACAGCCAUAUUAAUAUCCAUGUUUCUCAUCAUGGCAAUCUUUGAACAUCUGCUUCGGCCAAGAAUGGCACUUUCUAGAAAUGCUGCCAAUAGAUCCCUAGGCUCUGCUCCAAGGACUCAAAUGCAUUUGCUGGAGAAGCUUGGUCACUCUUCCACUUAUGAAAUGACAACCAAAGGUGGUGAGCAGGUGGUAAGAGGAGCAUGUGUAGGGUGUCAAGAUGGGCACCCUGAAUCAAGUCCCACCCGUGCCAUUCUGUUGCCUGAUAUUUAUCAUGGUGCCAGCAGCUUGCCCGGUGGAUUUUUCAGUUUUGAUGCCAGGGCAGCGGACUCCAACUUUCAUAGCUCAGCCAGCUCCUCUUCCUUGUCCAAGAGAAGGUGUUUCUUGGCCCUCUCAUGAUCAUGGACUUCAUCCUGUGUAGCUUGUAAACAUGUUUUCAUGUGUUUUGCACAUUUGUCCAGAGAGAGAGAGAGAGAGAUUCUAUGCAAAACAGUGGAAAUUCAGUUUUUUUUCAGGCUUCAGGUAGCUUUGAUGCUGCUUAGUGAUGACCAUGGAAACCACACUCGUUCAAAAGAAAUAUUUCUUUAUUGAUGUUAAUACCAAUUGAAAAGAAGCAUGCUCGCUCAUGUCGUCCUUGCAUGCACUUCAGAAAGUGAAGAUUGUCAGGUCUCUGAAAGAAAGGGAAGCUCAAUGUGGGUACUCCUGAUCUGUCACAAGCUUGAGAAAAAUCCCCUUGGUUGGGAACUGAUCCUCAAUUUCUUAAAUAAGUAGGUUGUGCAUCCGGUCUCA